AUCUCUCCUAGUAAGAAAGGAGAGCUCUGCCCAGUGCAGCGUGGCGUUAAAUCUUUUUAGUUCUAGACAGUGGAAAUACUUCUUUUGUACCUACUCAUAAAGAUUGAGAGGCAUAUGGGUGUCUUCCAGUUUUGCCCAAUCUAAGGAUUAAGCAUACUGAUUCAUCUUUCAUACCUACAGCAAUUGCGUAGCUAAAUGCGGAAUAUUACCUGAACCAAUUUGCUAAUUAAAUACGCUGCGACCGACGCCUUGUACCAUACUUCCUGUGGUACUCUAAGCGUCAUCAUGUUUACUUCGUUACUACCGUAUAUCUUACUAGCCCCAGUUUUCGUGAGUCGUACGCAAUGUCUCUGUGGAGAGAGUAUUACGUGGUCCCAUAGAGUCAAUAUGGAUGAUGUCUUCGGGCUGUGGUACGGUGUUGGAUAUGCCCAGCAUAGUCCUAACAUACCAAGCGAAGUUGGGUGCAUCUCUCUGUUUAUAACUGAUGUUAACAAAUAUGAAGACAAUUGGUUCGACUGGUCCAUUCAGCGAAGUGGCUAUUCACCUAGAAAUAAUUGGCGGUCUUCUAAAAGCAAUCCUUGGUCAGAAAAUGACAUGGCGGGAUCGUGGUUGGACGGUCGGUUAAAAAGACAAGUUAAAAGGAGCGUCGAAGGGGAAAAGCGUAUACGUGUGUUAUGGGAUGAGGAUGGUAAUACGUCGGAACAGGUCUACGUAUAUUAUGAAGAAGAACCUGGUCUUUGGACGGCGGAGCAGAUGCAGCCAUCGGAAAAAGAAUUAAUAUCUAGAGGUAUCGACGUAUGGUAUCCGGACGAUCCACCUCGACAUCCGGGUGUAAUCAGAAUAAUAAAGCUCACCCCACACAUGCUCAUACUAAACCAUUGCUCCGAGGUUGGGAACGGUGGUAUAUUUUCUUUAAUCCUUCGAAGGUCAUCGACAACUGUACAGAGAUGGGAGUGGUACCAGUACCAACAGCAGUUCUAUAAAUUUUACUUGCCUAAUAUUUACAGAUUCUACGCGAUAUGUGCGGCUGGUACAGAAAUAGGCUCUUUUGUUAUUGUUUUAUUUUGUUUUAUAAGUUUGUUUUUAAUAUCGUGAAGUAAAUGAUUUAAAA